ACCAACUCACACGCUUUAGUACAAAACAGCAAUAAAUGCCAGUCCCGUUGCCGCGGUUCAAAGAGAGCCCUCGCAUCUCCGUCGAAGCAAGCAAGAUGCCUCCAAAGCCCUCCUCCUCCUCCUCCUCCGGCGGCGGAGCCUCCGGCUCCGGAAACGACGCCGCUGUGGCCAAGGCCGCCGGCUUCAUCGUCUUCUCUGGGAUCGCGAUAAGCCUCAUCAAAAGCCUCACCUUCAAAACCCAUCACUCCAAUCCCCAACCGCCCCCUCCUCGAGAAUCCCCAAAUCCCGUGGAGAAAUCGGAUCCCGCGGCCUUCUCCGGCCGAACCAUCCAGAUUGCCAGAGGAGAUACUCUCUGGGGACUCUCCCAAAAAUACGGCGCUUCGGUUGAUUCGAUUAAGAAGGCAAAUGGGAUCACCGGAAACACGAUUUAUGCCGGGAAGAAGCUGGUCAUCCCUUGAUCCAACUUUCAUCUACAGUUCAUACAUUAUGGUUGAAAAUGUGCAGUCUUCACUGAGAUUUUGACGUUCGAUUUACAAAGUCAUGUUUCAAUUCUGAGCUUUAGAAGGUGCAUAUCUCAUUUUACCAAAGGCUUCUGACACAACAUCACUGAACUCAAUACUAGCAGUAAAUCUUUAUAAAGAUUAGUAGCAUUCCAUCAUUCCAAGAACAAUGUGUGUUCACAACAAUUUGCAGGCAGGAUCCUCACAGUGCACAGAGUUAUAUUCCAUCUAUUUGGUAAGUAUUCUCUGCAGAAUUGUGAAGGUCUUGCACUGUGUUCUCUCGAGUUCUUUCUGUAAUGUUUUCUUAUUGAGACUGAUGAUGGCCAAGUCUGGCCCUCUGUCAUUUAAGCUUGAGCAUGCAUAUAUUUGUUAAGCAUUUUCCACAUAAUAGGGGAUGCUCUUGCACUGUGUUACUUUGAGUUAUUUCUUAAUAUUUUUUCCUUGAUAGACUGCUUUUACAUGAUUGCCAAGCCUGGCCCUCCGGCUGGUAAACCUUGAGCAUUGUUCUACUUGUUAAGCAUUUCCCGUGAGAUAGCAGAUGCUCCUGCAUUGUGUUACUAGUUAUUUCCUCAAAAUUUUUCUGGAGAGAUUGGGUGACAUGACCAAAUCUGAACCUCCGAAAGGAAAGUUUGAGCAUUGAUUUAUUGGAGAAUAUCAAAUUGAGUUUGCUAUGCAGUUCGCGGUGCUAUUUUUAUUUGGUGUUCAUGUUGUGAGUGACUGGACUCUUUUUAGAUGAAGAGAAGGAACCUUUAAAUGAGUGCAUGAAACCGGGCUCUGAUAAUCCUGAACUGAUUGGAUCAUUUUUCACAUAGAGGACGUGUUAUUUUUUGCAGCAGUGGCUGGGAUAUCCCUUUUCUCUAUAGUGUGUCAUGGAUACCUGAUCGGCACUUAAGGUUCUGUUCUCAUGCUCACAUGGUUUUGGAUGUUUGGAGAAAAAGAAACCUUGGAAUUUUCGAGAAGAAGGAAAGAUCUUGUGUACUAAUAUGUAACAAUAUUCAGCACUUGCUCUCUACUGGUUUCAUCAGCAUGCUUUGUGUUCUCUUUGGAUAUGGAAUGUUUACGCAUUGCUCUGUA